CUCAAGCAAAAAGUCCAUGACAGAGGUGGGGUUAAUCCGUAAACUCGUUCUAACUUUUCUGAAUUGUUUAUAUUUUAGAAAUACCUCACAUCAUCAUCACGUUGUUUCGUGAACCCCUUUUUAAUCCUGAUCUUCCCUCCUUGUUCCAGUUCCUACCGUCUUUCUCCCAUUUUCUGGUUCAACGCAUUAUCAUCUUCUUCGGGCCUGACUGUACGGCCGUCUAAGAAGACCCUUUUUCUACCUUGAUAUCCCUGUCUUGACACUGCUCCGAGUAGCUUCUAAGCAUGUCUGCCUCGUCUCUUGAUCACCUUGCCCUAGGUGGCCGUGUUGAAUGGCUCGCGAGCCUCAACACAGCUGAUGUUCCCGACAAGAAUGCCCACCGGCGAACCUCCAUCAUCUGCACCAUCGGACCCAAGACCAACUCGGUUGAGAAGAUUAACUCUCUCCGACAAGCAGGUCUUAAUAUCGUCCGCAUGAACUUCAGCCAUGGAAGCUACGAAUACCACCAAUCUGUCAUUGACAACACCCGUGCUGCGGAGCAGCAGCAGCCUGGUCGGCAAGUCGCCAUCGCUCUCGACACAAAGGGGCCCGAGAUCCGUACUGGUGAUACUGAGCGCGGUGAAGAUAUUCCCCUCAAGGCUGGAACUGUCUUGAACAUCACCACGGAUGAAAAGUAUAAGACGGCGUGUAGCGUAGAGAAUAUGUAUGUUGACUAUAAGAACAUCACCAAAGUGAUCGAACCGGGAAAGAUCAUAUAUGUCGACGAUGGUGUGCUUGCCUUCGAUGUGCUCAGAAUCAAGGACGACAAGACUGUCGAAGUACGCGCCCGAAACAACGGGUAUAUCUCCUCCCGAAAGGGUGUCAACCUCCCCGACACUGAUGUCGAUCUCCCUGCUUUGUCAGAGAAGGACAAGAAAGAUCUCCGGUUCGGAGUCCAGAACAACGUGGACAUGGUUUUCGCCAGCUUCAUUCGACGAGGUGAAGACAUCCGUGCGAUUCGCGAAGUCUUGGGAGAAGAUGGUAAACAUAUUCAGAUUAUUGCCAAGAUUGAGAACCGACAAGGACUCAACAACUUCGAUCAAAUUCUUGAGGAGACCGAUGGUGUUAUGGUAGCUCGAGGAGAUCUAGGUAUUGAGAUCCCAGCCUACGAAGUAUUCGCCGCCCAGAAGAAGUUGAUUGCCAAGUGCAACAUUGCUGGCAAACCCGUGAUCUGCGCCACGCAAAUGUUGGAAAGCAUGAUUACCAACCCUCGCCCCACCAGAGCAGAAAUCAGCGACGUUGGUAAUGCUGUUACUGACGGAGCUGACUGUGUCAUGCUUAGCGGCGAGACUGCCAAAGGUGCGUAUCCGGAGCUGGCUGUCCGCGAGAUGAGCAACACCUGCCUUGCAGCGGAGAACUCCAUCCCCUACGUCAGCCACUACGAGGAGAUGGUCACGUUGGCAAAGCGUCCCACGAGCGUUGUUGAGAGUUGUGCUAUGGCUGCGGUACGAGCGUCUUUGGACCUGAAUGCGGGAGCCAUUAUCGUUCUGUCAACGUCUGGUGACUCUGCCCGUCUGCUAUCGAAGUACCGACCGGUGUGUCCCAUCUUCAUGGUCACUCGUAACGCAUCUGCGUCGCGCUAUGCACACCUGUACCGUGGUGUCUAUCCUUUCCUAUUUGACGAAGCGAAGCCGGACUACGAUAACGUUAACUGGCAAGAGGAUGUAGACCGCCGCAUUAAAUGGGCCGUUGAGAGGGCCUUAGGAUUGGGACUUUUGAACAAGACCGAUACUAUUGUCGUUGUCCAAGGCUGGAGAGGUGGUAUGGGUAAUACAAACACAACACGGAUCGUCAAGGCCGACCCGGCAUCCCUAGGAUUAGGAAUGAUGCAUUGAUUGAUAGAUGCACUAAUUGGAACAAGGAACUGUACGGAAGGUAGUUUACUCAGGUAAUCUCUACGGCGUUAUAAGUCGGAAGGCAACAGGACGAUGAAAUUGUUGCCGGUAAGAGAGGCAGCUUGAGAUGAUCAAUAUAUUAUAAAUAUGAUUAUAUUUCAUUUUCUGCGCA